GAAGCUUCUCUCCAGCAGAGCUCGAUUGCCUCGACGCGGGCUUAAGCCAGAACCUGACCCAAAACCAGACCCUGAGAUACACUCAGACGCGGGACGGCCCAGACCGGACUUGGGCAAUCUCAGCUCGCUGAGAGAGCUGCGCUGAUAAGCUCAACCUCGGAACCAGAAUCAGAAUCAGAAUCGCUCGGUGGCUAUUCCACUCACCAGUUCUCAGCCAGCGAGUCAGUGUGUUUCCAGCUGGCAAAGGCAGGCGCACGGAAAGUCGGUUCAUCCAGAUUCGGACGGUAUCAUAAGAUAGUUAUCACCAUGGAUUCACAUAUUCUUUGGGGCAUUCUGGUGACGCUCUUGGUGGGGACAACCCACACAUACGCACAAGAAAUCUUUGGGUACUGCACAACGCCCGAUAAUGACAGUGGGACAUGCAUCAAACUCACGGAAUGCGGAUAUCUUUACCAAAUUGUGCAACGCGGCUCUGUUUCAGGCCCAAACCGUAACUUCCUGGCGAACAGUCAGUGUGGUUACCGCAAUGGAAAUGUGCUCAUUUGCUGUGCAAACAAUCGCCUGAGACCUCAACAGCCGCAACGCCCACAGCCCACUGUCGCAACACCUCCACCAAGACGUUCCGGACUGCUCCCCCAGGCACCCAAUUGCGGAGAUAAUUUUGGAAAUCGAGUCGUUGGUGGCGUGGAGACGGGCAAACGGGAGUUCCCGUGGAUGGCACUGAUCGAAUACACUAAGCCUGGCAAUGUCAAGGGACACCACUGCGGCGGUUCGCUGAUCAACAAUCGCUACGUGCUGACGGCGGCGCACUGCGUCUCUGCCAUACCCAGUGACUGGCAGCUAACUGGCGUUCGUCUCGGCGAUUGGGACACCACCACGAACCCGGACUGUACGACGGAAAAAAACGGACAACAGGAUUGCAACGAUCCCUACGUGGACAACCCGGUGGUGGAACGGAUACCACACCCUCAAUACCCGGGCAACGCCAGAGAUCAGCUGCACGACAUUGCCUUGCUCCGGUUGCGGGACGAGGUCAAGUUCAGUGACUUUAUUUCGCCGGUGUGCCUGCCCAGCCUGCCGUCUCAACGAGACGACAUUUUCCUGGGUCGCAAAUUAGUGGUGGCCGGAUGGGGUCGCACGGAGAACAGUUUCACGGCCAACAUAAGGUUAAAAGCAGAGCUGGAUCCGGUCCCAAUUGCGGACUGCAAUCAGCGGUACUCUAGCCAACGUCGCACUGUCACCACCAACCAAAUGUGCGCUGGUGGCGUUGAGGGCGUCGACUCUUGCCGCGGGGACUCCGGAGGCCCACUGCUGCUGGAGGACUACCAUGAGGGCUUUGCAAACUACUACAUUGCCGGGGUGGUUUCAUACGGACCGACACCCUGUGGCCUCAAGGGCUGGCCGGGCGUGUACACACGAGUUGCGGCAUACCUCGAUUUCAUAGAAAGCAAUGUUCGGGCCUAAACUGCAGAUUUUCUCGCCUCGUAUCCAAAAAAUUGAUGACGCGGCAUUUGGAUUAUAUCGUUUUUAAAAUACAAGUUAAAUUAUACAAUAAAUAAAUUUAAAUUGUGUAAA